UACUUUGUUGAGCUAGGAGCUUUUAUGGAGUAAUUACCUGUGUACGUGUGUGUGUUUAUAUUGAGUAGGCGGUGUUUACACCUUCUUAGCCUCGUAAAAUUAGAUUGAAGUGUCCUUUAAGCUCGUUAUUUGUCAUCUGCUGUUAAUCUAUUGAGUUUUAUUAGUUUUAAAGAGUUAGAUUUUGUUGGAAAUUCAGUGGAAUGUGAUUACCAGUGAAGUCAAUGAUCGUUUGCACUCAACCACUUGUUGAUCUGUUUUAGAGGAACUGAUAGAAUUUCAAGUUAGUGAGAAGGGAAGGCAGCACUCCUGGUCAUGAUUCUGAUUUUGAAUUUCUUGUCAAAGUAGUGGCUGUUGUGAACCAUCUGAAAGAUAUCUGAGUUUGGAUUGAGCACAUCAUGAAGCUGGAGUGCGUGGCGCUGGAGGAGGGCGCGGGGGGUGCGGGGGAGUUGGUCCGCGCGUGCGCCCGCUGCCGCGCCGAGCUCGGGCGCAUCAUCAACCGCGGCGCCCUCUGCAAGAUGUGCAAGCUCCGCGUCUGCAAGUCCUGCCGCGAGUACUUCACCGCCGCCACCACUGCGCCCACCGAGUGGCUCUGCACGGCCUGCUACAAGAACAAUGAAUUUCAAAUUGCUGAUUCUGACUGGAUAACUGAUUAUGUUCGAUGCUCAGCUCCAAAACUUCUUGCAGGGAGCAGAAUAAGUAACAUACAUAGUAUAAAAAAUUGUGUGCAGCGGUCCUUCACAUUUUCAGAUACAAAACCAUCCCGAUGGGCAGCUUUACGUGGAUCCCCGGAGUUGCGCGCAUACAGCAGCAUGCCUCGCCAUCAGGACGGUGACUAUGCCCCAUCAGUUUUUAGACGAAGAAACAAAUGCAGCAUGAUCAAAGCAGAAAACGAACAAAUCAAACCCGAGCCGACUGUAGAACGAUGCCCUGUAAAUAUGAAAGAUGAAAAUUCUGUAUUAAAAACAGAUACUCCUUCAACGGCAGAUGACUCUGCGGAAACAAACGAUGAGAACAGUCCUGUUAACUUCAUCAAAAUCGUUGACUCAUGUGGAUUGGUCCUGGAUAUCCCAGCAGUGGCAACCUCUGAUGAGCUCAUCGUGGAUGACUCUGAACAGAGUAACGCCCAGACCAAUAAUGAGAUCCCACAGCCUUCCGCCAGUACAAAGAUGACUAAGGUCUACCGUAAAAAGUCAACUGGCUCCCUCAAGUCCUCUUUUCUUGAUUCGCUAUCGAAUCGAGUUCAAGAAGUGACGAGAAGAAGGAAAGCAAUAGAUUUUCGCAAUCUUCCUCCAGGUGUGACGCCUCCGCGUAGUCGGCGCUUCAAACACCCGGAGGAAGGUGACGCAACACUAGAUCCGGUGGCCCAGGUGUUAUUCCCGGACUCGGACGACUACCGCCUCGUCUUCAUAAGCUCCUCGGACUCCUCGUCGCGCGAGGAGCUGCCCUACGGGUCCGCCUCCGAAGACGAGAAAUCCUCCACCUCUUCCCUAGUCCACCCCUCCCUGGAGGACGGCGACUGGGACUAUUUCGAGGACCCGCCGCCGGGGAGCGCCAUCGGUUCCUUCUCGGCCGCCGCGCCAGAUCGCGCCAGCACCGUCGCGGAGCGCGCCGCGUUUCCCGCCACCGCGCCGGAGUUCAGUUUCGUAUCGAGUCUCCUCUCUUGCGCGUCGCCCGUGCAGCCGCUCGUAGUGCCCGUUCCGAUCCCGAUCCCCAUCCUAGUGCCGGUGCCGUGGAACCCCGAGUUGACGAUCCGCGUCGAGCACGGCGUGUCGCCCGCGCUUCGCACCCUCUUCCAGCAGAACUGGAGCGAGUACGUCCGCGGGUUCGGUGCGGUGACGGGGUCGCCAGCGCCCUCUAGCGGGGGCCCCGCGCAAAGUGCAGUGCAGUGCGAUGAAGGGGUGAGCGGCGGAGAUGCGCCCCCCGUGAGUGACGAGAUGGAUUUGCCGGACGUGUGCCCCGAACACGACGCGUCGAGGAAGAAGUUCGCCACCCUCCCGCUCAGCGAGCUCCGCUCCGUCGGGGAGAUCCUCUCCAAGAAGCCGGUCGCGGAGGACCAGACGGACGAUGCCGGGGAGAUAGUCCUCAAGAAGUACCAGGUCAUCGAGGAUGCCGCCGAUCACAGCCCUGACCCGGUCAGCUUGAACAAUAUUAUCAACAAGCAGCUCACCUCUGAGUUUUCGGUCUCUGACUCGGAUGCUUCUGACAACGAAGAGAAUUCGGUACAACGAAUAUACAACCUCCACAAGUCGGCGGAUUCUGAAGAUUCAGAGUCUUCGGCAGAGGAUGACAUCGAAGAGGAGAAGACCCAUGAUCUAGUCUCCCUGAGUAAUUUAGAUGCUAGUCCUGGUGUUGAAACUUUGAUGUCAGAUGUUUCAAAUGUCACUGAACUAAGUCAGGACUCUUUGAACCCACCAGAUCAAACCCAGAUGCCACCUAGUUCAAUAAACAACAAAGUAAAAAGUAGAUCGAAAAUAUCCCCGAAAAUAUCUGCACGGUUGGAUAAAUUCAACCAAGUGGAUCAGUCAGCCGCUGAUAGCAAUGGGAAAAUGACAGUAGCGAAAAAAAUUGAAAAGAGCUUUGUGGCUGGAAUGACAGAAAAGUUGUCGAAAAGUGAUGAAUCAGAGUCAAAAUCUGAAUUGGUUUCUAGAAAUACUUCAAGUAAAAUUUGCGCAACAUCAUCCUCGUCAUCAGAUGAGUUUUCUGGCACAGAAUCGAUGGAGUUGAUACCCACUGCAGAGGAUCUGAAAAUGGAAAAGGACUCAGAAGCAGAGAUGAGGAGACUCUCGCCAGUUUUAGAUGCUAAAACUGAACCGUCCUCGGACGAAAGUAUCUGUGAUAAAGAGCCGAAAAGCUCAACCCCAAUCAAAGACCAAAAAAGGGCUGAUCCUGAUGACUGUAAUAUAUCGGAUGAAAAUAUCGGUGACAGCCCAAGUGGUCGGUUCACAAGUCUUAUCAUGAUAACGAGUGAUCAGGCUGAAAUAGAACCCGAGUUAGAAGACAAGAGUAAUGUUAAUAUUGUAACAAAUAGUAACACUCAAUUAGUGCAAGAUAAAGCUGAAAAGAAAGAAGAGUUCAAACUCACUCUUAACACAGAACAAGAUGUAGAAAAAACACCGCAUGUGUCACGAUCCAAUUCUGAAAGUGACGCUAAUACUGAUGAAGUUAAAGUAGUGACUGGUGGUGACACGCUGUCAGCUGUGAUUUGUCUAGAAGAAGGGUUAGCGGAUGAUGAUUCUUGGGUAGAGGAAAUUGAUCAUAGUGACACUAACCGAGGUGAUUAUGAUGAAGAUGAUAACUUUGAUGAUGAUAAUGAUAAUUUUGAUGAUGAUUACGAUCACUAUGAUGAUGAUGAUGAUGAUGAUGACAAGAAUGUUGGUCUGAUGAAAAACAUCUCAGACUUCCAAGGUCACACAGAGGAAGAACUACGAGGCUACCAUCGCUCAGCUAUUGAUUUCACACUUCAUACAAUUCUAGAAGAGAGCUGUGAAGAAGCUAGUGAAGUGGAAGAGUCCAUGAGUAAUACGAAAAAUAAUUUAGAGAAUUACUUUUUUGGUUUUAUUGGAUCUGAUGCUCAGCUAGAAAACAGCUCAGGCUCUCUAAAAAAGCUUGAUAUUGGAUCCAUUGAUGUAGAUAUUCGGGACUUGGACAGCAUAUCUGACACAAGUUCAAUAUUUAGUGAGGGACUAGAGUCCUUUGAAAGUAUCGAGCAAGCCAGCUGCUCAACUCGGAAUAACAAGAACGAUGAUGAGAAAACACUUGAUGCUGCUGACCUUGCAUCAUCACGGAUAGAGAAAUACUUCCUAUCAAGUUUGAUCGGGAAUCGAAGAGAUUCUGAUGGGAGUGUGGGGAGCGACAGUGAAGGCAAACCCUCGCCUGAGCAGCGCAGAAAGAAAUUGGUGCGAGCCCGAGGAACUGGGCGGUCUUAUUCCAAUUCAUUAGAUAAUUUAACGGAAUCAGAACAGCAAGUGGAAAUGUUGCUCGACUCAGAAAGCUCAAGCUCAGAAACAGAUGCUGAGGAAUUGUCGUUCGAUAAAAAUGACGGGUUUGAUACCGUCAAACGAAUCAAUAAGAAUAUAAUUAAAAAGAAAAGGUCCUCAGUUACAACACCCAACCUAGAGCUUUUGGAGCUGGAUGAUUCUCAUCCAUUAAAUAAUGAAGCCAGCAUUGAUGAAGAAACAAAAAAAGUGCAAGCGGAAUUGUAUGUUUUGAACGCUGAUAGCAGAAAUAAACAACAGAGUAGAGAUAGUGGGUUUAUGGGCAGCUGUGAUGACCUUUUGUCCAACAACCACAAAGAAGAUGAAAUCUCUGCUAACGUUGCCAAAGAAGAUGAAGUGAAACCCCAUCUGGAAAGUGACUCCUCGGUGCAGGAAAACAAGUCUGAUCCAACAAUUAUGAGCAGAACAGCACCUGCAAACUCCUCAAUGUGCGGAUCUGGGCUCAUGAGGAAAGACAGUUUCAACAAUUGGAGUAGUGAUGAGGAGACAAAUAUCAUGAUGUCGAAAAUGAAGCAGUUCUUCAAGACUAUGAUAGCCAAGCAAACUUCAUCUAAUGCUCCAGCCAGCCCCAAAACUCCCAAUGUCAAGGCCCCAAAGAAACCUCCGCAGCUCCUGCACUUUGAAACAGAACUCACAAGGCUCAUGAAAACAGUCCCAGGCAUCCGUGAUGAUCAAGUCAAAGAAAUUGUUGAAUACCUAUCAAGUGAAGACACUUGGAGCGACUCGUACGAUUCAUCAGACUAUACAAGCUCCGACUUAGAAAUGAACAACAAGUCGGCACAAGAAGGAGCUGGACCUGUUUUAUUGGAAGGCAGGAAAAAAGAUGACACAGACUUAGUCUACCAGCGUUUGGUUGCAUCAUUCAACCGAAUUGAUGCACACUCUCAAAACUCAGACUCGUCUUCAUCUCACUCAUCCCCACCAUUAAUCACUAAAGUUAUGCAGCACAUUGGUAGUCGACUUGUUGCGCUCAUGCAUGAGGUCUCGAGUAACGAUUCUCAUGAGUCGAGUCCAAAGACUUAUCGUAGCUACCAUCGAAGAAAGCAGGCCAUGGUGACCUCUGAUGAUGAAUCAGUCGAAGACUUUUAUGCUCUACCAAGGUCUAAGUCCCAUGACCCACUGCUAGAUGAGAACCGCCAAGAAACCAGCGACAACGAACGGUUUAGUUGGCGCGGAAGUUUUGAGUCAGCUCUUAUGACUUCUUCUGACUCACGUCAAAGAUUAUCAUCAACAGGAAACACAGAUUCCAUGUCUUCGUCUGCCCUGGCAUUGGCAGCAAAGAGGCGUUCUGCUGGUGAUCUCCAAAUGAAAAGCUGCAGUCGUGAGCAGCUGGACCGUGUUAGGUCUUGUGGAAGUAUUGGUGGUAGUGUGGAAGACAAAAUCUGGAACUUGAAGCAUUCAUCAAGUAAGAAACGGCGAAGUUCGGUGCCAGAAACAACACCCUCCGGAGGGUCAGCCGAUGAUGAUGAUUCAAGUAACGAGCUCACUCCUAGUGGUAAGUCCACUACGCUCCCACGAAUAGUGCAAGCUUCAUGUGCGGCUACUAAUUCUCUCCCGCGUUUACCUGGUUCAUCAAAUUCGGCAAGUCCAAGUAUCUACAAAGCGCACAGUGUUCAUCAGUUCAGUGUUAAGUCUGCAAGAUAUCGACCCCCUGGAUAUGGGUCACGGAACUCCAACUCUGCUGUACCUCCGCCACGACGAGAUACAGCACGACGUAGGAUUCAACCAAGUGCCUCAGCAUCAGCUCUGUCUUCACCCAGUAUCGAAAGUUUUCUUCUGAAGUUGACUAACAACCAAGUAGUCACACCUGGUCAAAGCAUGUAUGGCUCUUUUCCUUUCUUUGCAUUUGGCGAUGACGUAAGCUUGUGCUCCGAGCCGGGAUCAGGAAGCCGGCUCAGUGCCGACGAGGAGCCGCUUAGCCCUGCCUCCGCCUCCACCUCCCCCAGGGUCUCCCUUGGAGCACGCAGUGAUUCCUUGGCGAGCGUUUAUUCUGGAGCAGGUGAAAGUCGUUAUGGUGCUGUGACAGUCAAGGGAGAAGUUGAGUUUGGACUACUUUACAACUACAAAGCAGGAGCGUUAGAAGUGCAUGUGAAGCAGUGUCGAGAUUUGGCUGCUGUAGAUACCAAAAGAAAUAGAUCUGAUCCGUAUGUUAAGGUGUAUUUGUUACCAGAUAAAUCAAAAGCAGGAAAGCGAAAAACAAAAGUCAAGAAACAUACUCUUAACCCUGUAUUUGAUGAAGUUCUAAAGUUCCAUAUUAACCUAGAAGAUUUGGAGACACGAACCAUGUGGCUCACGAUUUGGCACUCGGAUAUGUUCGGUCGCAAUGAUUUCCUUGGAGAGGUCAUGAUGCCUCUUGAGAACAAAAUAUUUGACGAUCCACUCCCCCACUUCUACCCGCUGCAAGAGAGAUCGGAACCUUUAGAAGACUUUGUAAAUGCUAAAGGGGAGAUCAUCGUUGCACUGAAGUUUGUUCCCCCGGAUCAAGGCAUGAAGAAGAGAGCCUCAAAGGGAACAUUGCACGUACUUGUGAAAGAAGCUAAAAAUCUUCUAGCUGUAAAGAAUAACGGAACUUCUGAUCCUUUCUGUAAAAGCUAUUUGCUCCCGGACAAAGGAAAAAGCAACAAGCAGAAAACGCCAGUUGUCCGACGUUCAUGUUCUCCAGCUUGGAACUACACCUUCACGUACCCAGGAGUUGCACUCACUGAUCUCCAAGAUAGAGCAAUUGAGCUGACCAUUUGGGACCACGACCGACUGGCCAGUAAUGAGUUUCUUGGUGGUGUUAGACUGUCACUUGGCUCAGGUAAACAUCAAGGCAAAGUAGUAGAUUGGAUGGAUUCCAAUGAUAAAGAAGCAACUCUGUGGCAGCAGAUGCUGGAGCGACCCAACUUCUGGGUGGAAAGCUGUCUCAUGCUUCGCGCCUCCCUCGAUCUCCGCAACAGCGGUUAAGCCGCACACUCGUGUCCUCCCUGGCAACGAAUUUGAUGGAACUGUGUGUUCCUCCUUUACGUUGCAUAAUUUUAAACCAUCCUUUUGUAUUUAUUGUAACUUAUCAAAAGCUUUAUCCAAGCGAAUUCGAGGUGAAAUGUUCUUAAGUAAAUCAUUUUAUUUCUGGAAAGGGAACUUUUCUAGGUUAUUUUAUGAUUUUAGUAAUUUUCUCUUUCCAUGUGUCAAUGUGAUGUUUUUAUGUAACUUAUUAGUGUACUUUGGAUCGGGAAACUGAUCAAAAAUUGAGUCUCAACAGAAGACAAUCAACCGUAUCUUUGGGCUUAGAUCCCUACUAAAUAUCAGCUAGUUUAUGGUAUGCACGAAUGAGAUUUUACUGUAUUUGUCUGGUUUUAUAUUUAGCUGCGUGUCUUUCAUUAAACGAUGAAAGUGAAUCAAAUAAUGAAAUAUUUUAGCAUAUGUUUUUGAAUUAUGAAUUUUUCUCUGUAAGCCUAUCUGUUUUUACGUAGGCAGUGGCAACGUUUUUUUAAUGAUCGUUAAAAGCAAUUCUUUUAGGGACUAAUAGUUGGUAAAAUCAUCGGAGAAGCAAUUAGUCAUGUAAAUUCACCUAUUUUGAAAAAGAUUGGAAUCUUUUUUUACAAUUAAUACGAUCUGUUCUGAAAGGAAUUUUGACAUCAUAUAGCUGAACAACUCCAGGAAAGAGAUCUAAAUAUCUACAAAGUGUUCAGUAUUAUGAAAGUCCGCAGAGCUAUAAGUAAAAAAUAAACAAGAUUUUCUCACACCUUUUGCAAAUCCAAUUUACUUGAACUCUCAGCUCUGGCAGAGAAGUUAAAAAAUUUAACCUUUUUCUCACAUUCUUGUUUAACCCUGUAACUUACUUUCUGUGUGAAAAUCAAAAGAUUUAAUAAUAUCAUUGCACAGGUACAUUCAUCAACUAGGACUGUACAUGGUGAAAUUAUCUUAAUUCAAACACGAGUCUUAUUUCUAACCUUUUUUAACUUUGAUGGAGCUGCAGAGUAGAAAAGUUCUGUGUGUCUACUGAAUUCCCUAUUUCUGCACCACAGAAACCUAAUCUGUGUUUCCCAUUUGCACAAAAUCAUCCUUCAAACUUGUUUUCAAUAUUUUAAGUGUCAUUUCAUUUAAUCAUUUGAUUUUGAAAGUACGCAGCUGUUGUGUUCCGUCCUGUCUUAGAAAUAUUUUUUUUAGCAUGAUUUUUAUAUUUGCCAAAUGUGAGCCGAGUGCCUGUUUUCUAUGUAAUUUUAUGUAUUGUCAAAGUUUUUAACUCUCCUCUGUUGCCAAAUUUAUAGUUGUCUUUGAGUCCAGUAUUAUACUUUUUAGAGAUAUGCAUUUUUUUUUAAUGAUUUUGAGCUAUGCUACUAUUAUUUUCUUUCUUUUCCUUGCAGAGCUUUUUUUGAGCUACAGGAUAUCAGUAUUUUUUCUGUAAGGCAUCUUCACCUCAUCUAUCAGCUCAAAAGAGGAGUUUCUGUCAGUUUAGAUUAGAUUUUAAAAUGUAGAAAACAUUAACUACUGAAUUUUUCAAAUCCAUUAUCGCAAUCAAAGCAUAACUUUCUUCAUAUCAAAAACUUUAUUUUACAUCUUUAUGGAAAAUUGACAACUUUAUAGCAAAUUUCAACCACAAUUUCCUAUCACGUUUUCUCUGUGAAUGUUGUAUGCAUAAGAAUUCAUCAAGUACAAAACUCAAAAUAUUUUUAUGAAAUUCCACUUCAUUAUCCCAAUUUAAGAGAAGUAAUAGUGCUGAAGAAGAGUUUAAUUUUAUCUCUGAUUCAAUUUGUUCUGUCAAAGUAUAUUUAUAAAAAAAAAUGUUAGGAAACUAAAAAUUAAUCAGUAGAAAGCUCAGCAAGGCUUACAAUAAGUCAUAAACUUAUAAAUGAAAUCAUAACCAUUAACUGAACCGUACUUAUAAUUUUUAAAACAAGCCUAAUGUGCCUUUUUUUUUAAAGAUGUUUUUUGAAUGUGAACGUAAUAAAAGUUAGCUAAUUGAUGCAGAAAGUUUUUUUUUUCAUUUGAAACUGUGCUAUUAUCAACCUAUGAGAGAAAUACUGCCAAGGAAUCCCCAGUGAAAAAGAUCCAUUUGAGUGGUUCUGCUGUCCAUUCGAUGAAAUAGAUAUUACAUAUUUAGAAUAAUCAGAUUGAUUAUUUUCACUGGAGGUGCUGAAGUUGCACUCUUUCCCUCAGAAGAUAGCGCAUUAAUUUACUGCUGUGGCUUAUCCACUAAUGUGACAUCCGAAGAGAAAACUUUUCCCGUUUCGAAGGUAGUGGUUGAAGAAGUAUUGAUCAAUAUUGUCCAAUUGGAGAGUGCACAAAAAAAUGGUAGUCUCGAGAGUAAAAGUUGAUAAUUUCCUUGGAAAAAGACAUAAAGACAUUGUGAAAUUCACAAACUCAUAUUUAUUAGCUUUUUGGCAUUGUGCCACCCACAUCCAAGAAAGUUGCGACCUGCUUUAUUAGAACAGAGUUUUAUGGAAGGAUAUCUUCUUCCCAGGGUUUUCUCUGAAUAAUCGUACUAAAAGUGCACUGUUCUUCAUCUCUUCCCUCGCCAGGCCCACGGUUGCAAUAUGCCUGAAGUAUUGUGAUCGUUAGUUGAUUGGCUCUGGUUCUUUUUCAAAUCUCCUUUCAGCUACGGAAGAACUCAGAAUAUUAGACUCUUGACUUUCAGUCUCACGUUUUGCAGCUCCUAUUUUGAGUUUUCCAUCGAUGAUGCUUAGCCAAGCACUUGGGUCAAUUAACUAACUCUCAUAGCCAUCUUGGAAGGUGCUAAGUCUGGCUCAUCUUUGAUUCACAAUAUUUUUCACCUAUGUUUUAAUAAGCAACUCUCCCUGACUGUAAAAAAACUCUUUAUAUGUUAAAACGAUUUCACAAAUUCGUGUCUUGUGAACAAUUUUAAAGCAGGCACUAGACCCUUAUUUUGUUGAAUUUUUUCAGUAUUGUUUGCACAAAUUCUUUGAAAACAGAUGCAGAUCGUUCAGUUUCCGUACUUAAACAAUUUAUAUGACUUUCGAAUUCAACUUUUGUAUAAUUUUUAACUUCCCUUGCUCUAAAGUUUAUUUCUCAUUUCCUGUACAUAGUCUUGUAAUUUUGUUCCUUGUAGGCGGAGAAAUUGAGGUUGGAGAGCGAUUUUUUCUAUAAUUGACAUUGCAACUGGAUGUAUUUAUGAUAAAAGGAACUGUUUUUCAUGCAAACCCCAUGCACAUAGUUUCUUUCGGCACGAGAACAUCAAACUUAUAACAAGAUCAAUUGAACAUCUUAGGUUUGUUGAGACUUAUAACAAAUCUCCACUAGAAUAUUUAAUGAGCAUCUAUGCAAAGCCCUUAUAGGGCAAAUAAGCCCAGUUCAUGUUUUUAAUUUUUCUUUGUGUACUGAACAAAUUUAAGUCUCUCAAUUUUCCAUCCGCUCGACAAAUGAUGGUUGCAAAAACCUUGUCAGAACUUUACUGCCUAAUUAAUGAUGCAGCAACAUCUUUGCAACAAUUUUGUAUUAUUAUUUUUGGCAAUUACCUAAUCCUAAUUGCUUAUCGAGUUCUGACAAGCCUGUCAGUCGACCCCCCUCAAUUUUGCUGCUUAUUAGAUCAGGAUUAUUUUUUAAUAAUUCUAGUGUUUAAAAGAAUUAAUUUUUUGUUCAUUUUUGUCUUAUAGUGUUUUACCUUGGACUAAUCAAUCUCACUAAAAAAAGAAGAAAAAGUGCAAAAUUUGUUGAAAUACUUAACUGGAGGAGGCUGAGUAUGAUCGCGUCAGAUGGUUACUUUCCAGAGAGUUGAUUCAAAAUCAUGCCAAUAUUUUUUUCCUCAUCACAUUCACGACACAUGUAUUUGAAUCAAUUUAAGUUUGCAAAGAUAAAGAAUGGUCAUAAAAAUGGUCGUGUCAGCUAAAAAAUGGUCUUUUUUAUUGCCUUGGACUAUUUAAAAUGAUCCUCUGAAAUAUUGGAACAUCAUGUUUUCUCUAUUUUUUACUAUUUGGUAUAAAAACCCAUCGAAUGAAAUAAAAUGUUAUCUGCCAGAAUUUUUUGAACACAAAAUCAUCAGUUUCCUCCCACAAGAAUUUGACACUUACAUUUUGACAUACCUUCUAAGAAUAUGUCUUUAUUUUCUCAGAUAUAUUAUCUUGUUUAUACAACAAAAUAAUGAUUAGAGGACUACACAGAUAAGAGAAAUUCACAGAAAGUUAGUCUCUUCAUUGAGUGCUGAAGCCUCUCAUCGUGCAAAUCUUUAUAUUGCCAAGGACUGUCUUAGUCUCCUCCAGCUUUGUAUUGACCAAAUUUUGCUGCCUUGAAAAUUUUUCCCGUCCAUUAUGUGUCUUAAAAAUUUUGUAACUAGAAUUAUGUAAUUGCUGUAUCUCAUGUUAUGUUUUGACUUUUAUUGUAACAUUUUUUACAUAAAACGGUGCUCUACGAUUGUUUUACUCCUUGAUAAAUACACUUAUUUUAUGAUCUUAA